UUUUAUCUCCCAAAAAUAGUUACAUUUUCGAAUCACCAAGAUGGAUGGUGUCAAAAGGGCGUUUUAAAGAGGCGAACGAAACUUUCCGGGCUAUUGCAAAAUUCAACAAAGUAAAAGAUGAGAAGACUUACAUCAAGUCAACUUCUUUAAGCAUUUGUAGCAAGUUAGACAAUUUAGAUGAAGUGGGGAGGAGGGAAGAAAAAAAGGAAAGCACCCAAGAGACGAAUCGUGUGAAAAAGGAACGAACAUAUUCGAUCAUCGACGUUCUACGGCGUCCAAAAAUGCGUCGAAAUACUCUGAUUACUUACUACCUAUUUUUGGUAAACAGCCUCGUCUAUUAUGGGAUGGCAUUAAACAGUACCAAUUUGUAUGGUAAUAAGUAUCUCAACACAUUUCUGGCCUGCCUGGUUGAUUUGCCAAGUGGUAUAAUUAUUAUCUAUCUCAUACAAAGAUUUAACAGGCGUACGCUGCUUGUUGUAUUCUUGUCAUCGGCUGCCAUGUGUUUGUUUAUUACAGCAUUUACACCUUUAAUGACGGAAAAUGGAACAAAUUUGUAUCCUUUUAUACUAACGUUUGCAUGCAUGGGCAAAUUCGCAAUCUGUUCGUCAUUUGCAGUUAUCUGGCUAUAUGGAAGUGAAAUAUUUCCAACGGAACUAAGGUAUUAA